AUGAUUGUCGCUGUUGCUGCGCCCGCAAACAUGCCUGAGGCCACGGCCGCCAUCACUCUCCAAUCCUCCUCUUCCUCCUCCACUGCCGCUCCCACUGCUGCUGCUACUACGACUCCGACUAACAUUACCGCUCCUGUUCCCGCUCCUCACCACCCCGACCUCACCUCCAGCCAAAUACUUCCCAAGAAACGACAACAACCAUGGAGGCCGUAUGAUCGAAGCUUCACCAUGCCAUCGACCAAGAACGCAAAUGGCAACAGCCACUUCCCCCAGAGGCUCAAGAACUUCUUCAGGAUAAAUAGCUUCUCCAAUGGCGAGAAGGGGGGCGCCGGCCAGGACCAUUCGCAGCAGCAUGGCGGAGGCGGCCUGAAGCCGGACAGCAAGACUUCCUUCCGCCAGUCCAAAUUCUUCACCACCGUCGGACGCCUGCGAUCCACCACCGUGGCCAGCGAGGGCAAUCCUCUCGACGAGGCGCUGAGCCCCACGGCUCACGCCAAUCCCUACUUUGUUCAUCAGGGCCAGCCAGGCCUGCGGCAUCAUAAUGAGGGGUCCGUCCCACCCAGCCCGCCCGAUACUCCCAGCGUCAAGAUCCAAACACCAGACGGCUCGGCCGAACGGGCGACGACGGCGACCAAGGAAGAGCUGGCGAGGAAACUUAGGAGGGUCGCCAGCGCUCCCAAUGCCCAGGGCCUCUUCUCCAAAGGCGGCAAGGGUAGCGGCGAGCGACCCGCUACUGCCGAGCUCGGCAAGGAGCCCAUCAUGGUCAACAAGAACGCUAGCACCGUCGGGCUCGUCGAGGCCAAGGGGGCUGCCUCUGCGACCGAGAGUCUCGCCGUUCCCGAUGCCGAUGGCCUCGGCGCUCUGCCGCCGCCCGGCGUCACUCCGCUUUCGUUCCGCAGGACAUACAGCUCCAACUCGAUCAAGGUCAGGAAUGUCGAGGUCGGCCCGCAGAGUUUUGACAAGAUCAAACUCAUUGGCAAAGGAGACGUUGGCAAGGUGUAUCUAGUGAGGGAAAAGAAGAGCUCAAGACUCUAUGCUAUGAAAGGUAAGUUCCACGUCUCCUCGUCCUGCGUGCGACCACCCGACAAGGCUGUUAUAGCUGACUCUGCCGCAGUCCUGAGCAAGAAGGAGAUGAUCAAGCGAAACAAGAUCAAGAGAGCGCUCGCUGAGCAGGAAAUUCUGGCUACAAGCAACCACCCUUUCAUCGUGACGCUAUACCAUUCUUUCCAAUCCGAAGACUACCUCUACCUAUGCAUGGAAUACUGCAGCGGUGGCGAGUUCUUUAGGGCUUUGCAGACGCGCCCUGGAAAGUGUAUCCCCGAAGACGAUGCACGGUUCUACGCCGCCGAGGUGACCGCCGCUCUCGAGUAUCUCCACUUGAUGGGGUUCAUCUACAGAGAUCUGAAGCCUGAGAACAUUCUCUUGCAUCAAUCGGGCCACAUCAUGCUUUCGGACUUUGAUUUAUCAAAGCAGUCAGGCCCCGGCGGCAAGCCGACCAUGAUCAUCGGAAAGAAUGGCGCCAGCACGUCGUCGCUCCCCACCAUCGACACCAAGUCGUGCAUCGCCAACUUCCGUACGAACUCGUUCGUGGGGACCGAGGAGUACAUUGCACCAGAGGUUAUUAAGGGUAGCGGCCACACUAGUGCGGUGGACUGGUGGACGCUUGGUAUCCUCAUCUACGAGAUGCUCUACGGCACAACGCCAUUCAAGGGCAAGAACCGCAACGCCACGUUCGCCAACAUCUUGCGGGAGGACAUUCCCUUCCCAGACCACGCCGGUGCACCACCAAUCUCCAAUCUUUGCAAAUCAUUGAUCCGGAAGCUUCUGAUCAAGGACGAGAAUCGGAGACUGGGUGCUCGGGCGGGCGCCUCGGACAUCAAGGCCCACCCUUUCUUCAGGACGACGCAGUGGGCCCUGAUUCGUCAUAUGAAGCCGCCUAUCAUCCCUAACCAGGGCCGUGGGAUCGACACAAUCAACUUCCGCAACGUCAAGGAGAGCGAAAGCGUCGACAUCAGCGGCUCGAGGAUGCUCAAGGGCGUUCCGCUCGAUAGUGGUCUGUCGACUCCUGGAAAUGAAGCCGUCGACCCGUUCGAAGAGUUCAACAGCGUUACAUUACAUCAUGAGGGGGACGACGAUCAUCACAAACCCGCUCCUGUCGCCGCCGGAGCUGUCCCCGCUCGAGCAGGAGGUGCUGGACGAGUACGAGCGCCUGGCCGACAACAUGAGCAAGCUCGCCUCCGUGCUGGACGGCCUGGCCGGCGCGCCGACGACGGAGACGCUCGACGGCCUGCGGGAGCUGGAGCGCAAGACGAGCCUCGUCUUCACGCUGCUCAAGGCCAGCGUGUACAGCAUCGUGCUGCAGCAGCAGAUCGACUGGGGGGGCCAGGAGAACCAGUGAGAGGGCACCUCACGGAGGAGGAGGACGGCGACGGCGACGGCGAAGAGGGAUAG